UGAUCCAGCCCAGCAGUCAGUCCGUCUUCUCGAGGAGCACUUGUCGGAGGUGAUACCGCCCUCCGCCUGCCAAAAACCCCCGCUUCCGUCUGGAAACAGGAGCCGGCGUGCGGAGCAGGAUGUAUCGAUCUGUUUGCUUGUAGCGCCUCUCCAGCGGAUCCUCCAUGCGUCAGCCCCGGGAAUGGAUCAGGAAUCCGGUGUGGCGUCUGCAGGGAGUUUCAUCCCCCUGAACGAGCAUGAGCAGAGGUGUUACUCAGGUCUCCACAGCCUGUGCCAAGCUGACACUUCAGGAAAACUGUCGUCCGGCAAAGUGGCGGAGCUGUUCAAGGCGUCUCAGCUACCUCCUGAAUCCCUGCAUAAAGUGACCGAGGUGUGUGGAGCGAAGCGCCUGGGCUUCUUCGGCACACCUCAGUUCUACGUGGCCCUGAAGCUGCUCGCGGCCGCCCAGUCCGGUCUGCCCAUCCACCUGGAGAGCGUAACAGCCAAUCUACCUCUGCCCAGAUUUGUAGGGCUGAAGAAUGAACCAGAGAUGCGAUACUCAGCCGUCCCUCCGAGCGUCGACGUUCAGGGGGCCCAGUGUGGGACUAUACCUGGGUCCUGGUCUCCAGCAGACAGGAGCGCCUUCAGACACCUGGAGGCCAGUGUCGAGAAGAAGGAGUCCUGGUCCCCGCCUCGAUCGCCGUGCAGCUCGCCGCCUCGCUCUCCGCUGACCUACCGCAGUUACCCGUACACCAAGCAGAGAAACGGGGCUGACGCGCACGCCGCGUACGAAAGCAUACAUUCCUCGCGGCCGAUCAUUCAGAUGGAGCAGCACUCCUCGCCCGGCAACUACGGGACCAAAGCCACCGUGGAGCAUCCUGCCAUCGCUCGGGCGUCCUCAUCAGAGAGGCUGGACCAGCAGGCCAUAGUUGACCAUUCUGAUGAUGACCCCUGGAGGAUCACAGAGGAACAGCUGGAGUAUUACACUAAUCAGUUCAAGAGCCUGCAGCCUGACCUGGGGGCUCUCAUCCUGGGAGCCAUCGCAAAGAACUUCUUCACAAAAUCCAAGCUGCCAAUACCAGAGCUUUCCCACAUUUGGGAGUUGAGUGAUGUGGACAGAGACGGAGCUCUCACGUUCUCCGAGUUCUGCACAGCCUUUCACUUGAUUGUGGCGCGCAAGAACGGUUACCCGCUCCCAGAGAGCCUCCCCCCGACCCUGCGGCCGGGGUUCAUGCAGCAGGAAGACGACAUCCCGGACACUCCUGAAAGUGCAGAGCCUCUGAUUGUCUUUGAGGAUGCAGAACUGAGGCCCACACAGAUGGAUCGGAGCAUUAUAGAGCGGCUGCAGCCAAGCCUGACCACAACAAAGCAGGAUUUGAAAGAGGAAUCAUGUAAACAAGAUGUGGGCGUGAAGAGGGUGACGACAUCUGAAGACAAACAGACUCUGCAACUCGGUGCUUUUCCUGAGAGGCCAGAGCCGCCUCAGGACCUGGACCCGCAGAUGAGGACGAAGACCAGACCGAGGUCCUACUCCAGCACCUCUUUUGAAGAUGCGAUGAAGAAAGCAGAGGAGCCUCCCACCCCUCCACCCCGACCCCAGAAGACCCACUCCAGAGCCUCCUCGCUGGACCUCAACAAGCUCUUCCAGCAGGGCGCUCCAGGAGAGCGGAAAGAGGAAACGGAGAUAGGGGUAAAAAGUGGAUGGUUACCACCUCCUCCGGCCCUCCCGCCGAGACCAUCAACCUCACAGGUUUCGCAUUUUAUCAACGUCCCAGAGAAAACUCCUCAGAAAAAAGUGCAGCAGCCAAACUUUGCUGACUUCAGCCACUUUAGAGAAGAGGAGGAGAGCAGUGUGAAACCUGAAGGACAGGGUCCACACUCAAGAUUUGGUCCAAGCUGUGAAGACCUCACGAAUGUUACAAAACAGGAUGUCAUCGGGGUUUCUCACAGUCAGGCGCCACAGAAGCCGGUCCGCAGAAAAUACCACCCAGAGAGCCAGAACCUGGAGGCUGUACCUCCUCCUUCCAUGCCGUUUCCUCCGUCCGCCAAACCCGCUCAAAAGCUGCUCUCCAGACAGAAGAGGGAGAUCCAGAUGGCGAUCCGUAAAAACAAGGAGACCAACGCAGUGCUGACACGCCUCAACAGCGAGCUCCAGCAGCAGCUCAAGGUGGUUCACCAGGAGAGGGUCACCUUGGAGUCCCAGCUGGAGCUUCUGCGGCCUCUGGCCUCGACGUGACUGAAGCCUGCUUUGAGUCACGUGUGUCACCUAAAUACAUCUCUAUCAUCUAUGAAUGUUUGAGCCAAGAUACAGAAAGCUGUUGUCUUUUGUCAUGAAUGCAUAAUAAAUGUAAAAGGGUUGACGACGGGGACAAACAGGGAUGUGACUCUUGGUAUUCUUUGACGAACGACUCCGGUGUCGCAUCCAGAUGUUACUUUUAAUGAUGUUUAGCAGGAGUAAACCUUUCUUUUUUAAUCCCUGUAUGAUAUACACAUGUAAAAUAUCCUGUUAUUCAUGGUGAUGUUCUAAUUUAUUUUUCUCUUUUUGAUUUUCCAUCGAUCUCACAUUGAUUACAAUACACGUAACAGUUUGUGCUCAUGUUGCCAUGAUUCAGUUAUGUUCUGUGUUAAUGAUGGGACUACAGUACUCAGUUCUUCUGUAUAUGGUGCACUUCAUGUGUGGUUUAAAGCAAGUGAUGGUGCUACAGAUUAUUCUCUGAAUCUGAUUACUUUUUGCACUUAAAGUUUAAAAAAAUGCACAUUUGCAAGGUUGGACUUCAUGUUUGAAAAAAACCACAUUAGAUAUGAGUUGGAUUUAAUUUAGCGGCAGAUUUCCAGCCUGCAGCCCUUGUUGUCAGGAUGUAGCACUGGCACAUGAGGCUAAAGGACACUAACGAAUGUUGACACUUUUCACGCUGGAUUUGUCUGAAAUGUGGACAUUUUACUUAAAAUUCGCUCCAUAUUUUAAUGUAAGCACUGUCUGAUUUUUUUAAUGCCCUCAUGUUUUUUUAUCAUGUGACGAGUUAUUUUUGCACUGCAGCCAUUAAAACCAUUAAAAACCAAACCAGUGUUAACGGCCAAGAAAAGAAAUGAGCACAAUAUUCAUCUUAUGUUUUGCAAGAUAGAUUUCAAAACGGCCCAUUUCUCUGUAUGAGCAGAUGUGGUUUUGAUCUUAUCUAUGCAAAUAUGUGGUGCUGCUUUAGCUUGCUUUAGACCAUUUUUUCCACACAUCCUGUUCAUGGUGGUAAAUGAAGUGGUCGAAAAAUGUGAUGGCAUGCUGGAUUCUGCAUGUUUGCUAAAAUGAUGUGAGCAUUGGACUGUAAGUUCACAUUAGAUCGUGCACAACUGAGCUCUGAGCUGAAGACAAUAAUCAAACUA